AUGCCCGCCCUGACCCCCGCGGAGCCCCCGAGCUUCGCGCAAGCCCUGCACCUGGUCAAACUCCGCACCGCCACGGAGCGCUACAUGUCCACCUUCCCCGCGCUGUCCUACGACUACGCCCCCAACCAGCCAUUGAGCAUCGCACGCUCGUACGGCGGCCACGCAUUUGCACAGGCAGUCUGGGCCGCCAGCCAAGGGAUCAGUACCUCAAACCCAGACCUCCACGCCCACGAAGCAAAUGGAUACUGGACGCAAGCGGGCUUCGCAAACCGCCCAUUCAUCUACGAGGCCACGACACUAUCGCUCACGCGGUCUUUCGCGCUUUGCCAGGUUACCGCGCGACAGCCCACGACACCAUCAGAGGAAUGUCCGUUUCCGGAGUCUGAUGCCGACAAGGAGUUGGGGCCCGUUGCCUUUGUUCUCACGUGCUCGUUUAAGCGAAGAGAACAAGGGGUCGGGUAUGGGUUGAAGUUCGAUGCAGAGAAAUACGGCGAUAUUCUGCGCAAUGAUCUGGAGAGGCAUCCGCGCCAUGUGUAUCUCCGGGGCCCGAAUGGAGCGGGUUUGAUUCGGCUGGCGGAUUUCCCGAGCAUUGAUGUGCGCACGCCGGAUUUGCGGGGCUUCAAUGCGGGGAAGAAGGGUACUAGCCAUCGGCGGUUGCAUGUAUACAGGGCCUCUUCUGGACGGCUCGAUCUGCAUCCGAAUAUCCUAGCGGCGCUGCAUGCGUACGUCUCGGACCGAGCUGGCUUGGAUGUAUUGAGGCAUGCGUUUGGAGUGGACGAGUUUGGAGUGUCAGGGAGUCUGAACCAUAAGAUCGUCUUCCACGUCAGUCCGGAGGAGAUGGAGAUCAACGACAAGGCGUGGUUCGUGCAGGAGAUGUCGAGCUCUCGCGGCGGAGAGGGCCGGGGCCUGAUUGAGAGUCGGAUCUGGAGUCCGUCGGGGACGCUGGUUGCUACGACGGUGCAAGAUGCGCUUUUUAGAAGAACCCAGGCGAAGCUGGCGUAG